GAGCUAAAUUUCUUACCCCUUUUUAACAAAAAGCCGGCAUGAAGGUCCGAUCAUGGCUAAACACAUGCUCGACCAGCACCUGCGCCACUUCCACCCACUACUCCUCCAUUCCAUUCCCCAAAAACCCCUCGCACUCAUCGGAGCAUCUCGUUUCCGACAGCUCCUCCAAUUAUUGCGGGAGCGCCACGUCAUCUUCAGCUUCUUCAAGUGACACCAGCUACAGCAGCCUCCAUAGCAACCUCUCCCUCCAGACUCUUCCAUCUGUCCCUUCCUUACAAAAGCUCUUCCCCGACGCCGUACCCUUUUCCGUCUUUCAUACCAGCAUUACUUCAGUCAAGCCCCGACCGAAGCACCCGAUCACCUGCGUUGCGGUUCAGGGUAACUUCUUGUAUGCUGCUUCUGUCAACGAAAUCAACGUCUACGAUCUCGAAACCUCCACUCUUCUCGAUGUAUAUAACAGCGAGAAAUCAUCCUCCGGUUCCGUCAAGUCCAUUACUUUCUGUAAUGGAAAAAUCUUCACUGCUCACCAGGACUGUAAGAUCCGAGUCUGGCAAAUGACCAUGACUAAAAAGCACAAGUUUUUAACCACCCUUCCAACCGUUAACGAUCGUUUUCGUCGUUUUAUUCUCCCAAAGAACUAUGUCAAGGUUCGCCGUCACGUGAAGCGGUUGUGGAUCGAACAUGCCGACGCCGUUACUGGACUAGCCGUUAGUAAAGGUCUAAUCUACUCUGUUUCUUGGGAUAAAACCUUGAAGAUAUGGCGAGCUUCUGAUGUCCGCUGUUUACAGUCUAUUAAAGCACACGACGACGCCAUUAACGCCGUCACCGCCUCUGUUGACGGCACCAUUUAUACAGGGUCCGCUGACAGGAGGAUUCGAGUCUGGGCGAUACCCUCAGGUGAGAAGCGGUACGCGUUGGUGGCGACUUUAGAGAAGCAUAAAUCAGCAGUUAAUGCACUGGCUUUAAACGCCGAUGGAUCGGUGCUUUUUUCGGGGGCAUGUGACCGUUCGAUACUGGUUUGGGAGAAGGAGGAUAGCGCCAAUUACAUGGCGGUAACGGGAGCAUUGAGAGGGCACGGGAAGGCGAUACUGUGCUUGAUCAACGUCUCUGAUUUACUUAUAAGUGGAUCUGCUGAUCAGACGGUUAGAAUUUGGCAACGUGGACUGGAAGGGAAAUACUGUUGUUUGGCAGUUUUGGAAGGUCACCAGAAGCCGGUGAAGUCGUUGACAGCGGCUAAGGAGGAUGAACAAAGUGAUGUGCUUUCGGUUAUUAGCGGAAGCCUGGAUGGGGAGAUUAGAACAUGGAAGGUCUCGGUUUCGAAACCCAAUAGCCCAUCAUAAACCACGAAUUUUCUACAGUGGAAUUUGUGAAAUAAUAAUAGGAUUGACCGUAAAUCCGUAAUUAUAUCACUAAAGGAAAAAAAAAAUUAGGAACAGAAUUUUUUUGAUAGAGUCUGGACGUUUUACCAACCAUGAUUUUUCGUUUGUUUGUUUGUUUCUUUUUUAUUUUUCGUUUUUUUUUAAAGAACUAUUUCCUUUGUAGAAUAUGUUGAUUUUUUUUUUUUUAAUUUUUCGUUUUUUAAGAAGUAUUUGCUUUGUAGAAUAUAUUGAUUUACAGAUAUAUUACGUUGUUCAUUUAAAAAAUAAUUGUAAUAGUAGCG